GCCCACAACGUAUACAACUAUCACCGAGGAUUUGGCUAUCUAACCAAGUCACAGAGAAAUUCGCCAUCUUUGUCCGUCGUAUGCGUUGACCGUUCUCCUUUGACGGUCUAUCCCCUUAUUCGUAGCAGGAGACGAUCAGUGACGGAUAUGUUUGAUUACUUGUGAAGACCACUACAAAAAGCAUAUUGACGUUCCGGGUCAAAGAACAAUCAAAGGUCAUUGAACUACUGCACGAGUUCAUUGGAUAGUUAGUCUACGUCAAACGCUUGACCAACGGUCACAGGAAACAGUACGUCACUCGAUACACAGCCAUGUAUGGACAGUGCGCUCCGUCCAGGAUACUUAUGGUCAGUUUGAUGUUGACGAGUGUGGUCUAUGUACUUGCAGCAAAAAAGAAGUGCCUUGAUAGUUUGUGUACUUGUUCCGGGAAGACUGUUGACUGUUCCAACCAGAAUAGUCCCGAUAUUCCGGCCGGUAUCCCAGAUGGUACAAAAAUUCUCAACUUGGCAGGGAAUAAUCUACGCACGCUGGACAAUGUCAAACUUCGACAUUUGAAAAGGUUGAGGUCACUUGAUCUUCGUGACAACAAUAUAGAGGAAAUAACACGUGACUCGUUUUUCGGUUUGAAAUCUUUACGAUUUUUAAAUCUUGGUGGAAACCAGUUACAACAUGUACCUGAUGACGUUUUUGAACAUCUCGAUAGUCUAGAAAAUCUUGUCCUUUCAAAUAAUGACCUAACAAGCAUAGGGGGUGCUUUUGUGAAUAUGUCUGGGAUUGUACAAUUGACCUUAAAAUCCAAUCGUAUCACUCAUCUAACCGCCAAAUCUUUCAAAGGCAUGAACAGUCUACAAUAUCUCAAUAUGGAGAGUAAUAACAUCUCUAGCAUUAACCUGCAGACUUUCUGGGGUAUGACGUCACUGCGACAACUGGUUUUACGUGACAACAAUUUACGACAAGCAGACGGACUAUUUGUGGAAAACCCUGACCUACAGACAGUUGAUUUGGCCAACACUCGUCUUCAGUCCUUCCCGCGAGUUCUCCCUCUCCAUAUAGAAUCUCUACACCUGGAUCAGAAUAACAUAUCGACUAUUCGCCGGGACAAUAUGAUUGGCUACAUCAGACUUAGAAAUCUUAUGCUAUAUCAAAACUCGUUGUCACUAAUUGAAGACGACUGUUUCGCAGAUAUGGAAGAUCUGCAAGAAUUGUGGUUAAAUGUGAAUAACCUGAAGAAUAUACCCGCGGGUUUACCGGCUGGCCUAACACACCUAAGUCUAGAUAAUAAUCAAAUAAGUGCUAUAUACAGCAGCGACUUUCCCGCUAAUUCCAAACUACAGACUCUGUCUCUGGAGUCUAACACUAUAUCUAGUCUCGAAAACGGCGUGUUUCAGAAUCUGGCUUCAUUAAACGAUCUUUUCCUUGGAGGAAACUAUUUCACCGCACUCUCCAAUAAUGUGUUUUCACCAUUGAUUAAUUUGCAAAGGUUGAAUCUGCUUAGACUUGACCUUGACCUUAUAGAAGAAAACGCAUUCUUUGGUUUGUCCAAUUUAGUAUAUCUUGACCUUUCUUUCGUCGUCAUGGCGUCACCUAGCGGUAUCCAAGGUAACUUCUUUAAGUGGCUACCCAAUCUUACUACAUUAUCGCUCCAAGAGAGUCCUGAAAUUUCAGCUAAGCUUAUCUCCUCUCCGGAAAUGUUAUCAAGUAUCAGUUCUGUACGAGAACUGAACUUGAUGGACAACACUAUCACAAGCCUCAGUUUGACGUCGCUAACCUCCUUAAAACAACUUGGAUUGAUCAAACUUCCGGGAAACCCGUUUCAUUGUGAUAGUCUGUUGCGUUGGUUACAGCAUUUUAUAAAUUUGGAAAGAACGAAGUUUUUCAUGCCUUUGGAUAUAAAGUGCUAUACUCCGGAUGAGUUACGUGGACAGUCUCUUGUAAAUAUCAAGUAUUCUGACUUUGUCCCCGCAACCACUACAACCACCACAACCACCAUCACAACCACGAUAUUGUCGACGACAACCAAUCUCGGUGACCAAUAUAACAAAACAACACCAACAGGUGGAUUAAGUUCCUCUUCGCGACCUCAAAUAACCUCUGAUCCUACGGUCAACACGACAGAUGUUAGCCCCGCCGUCGCAACUAGUCCCCGUGUAGGAAAUGAAGGUAGAUUAUCGGACUUUAACCUCAACGACCAAUCGGAGGAGCAUAACUUUACCGUGAUCACUAUAGUAACGGGUAUCUCCACGGCAGUAGUCAUCAUUGUGGUAGCUCUGGUGAUUUUAGUUAUAUUCCAUCGCCGGAGAUUUAUACAACGUGACUUUGAAUACUGUCGAGAAAACGAAGUGGAAUUUUAUGUGUCGGAUGGAAGUGACCGUCCACCUGUCAAACUGACACGAGAGGAGAGACAAUCACGUGGUUCAGUGACUUCUAAGGCUGAGGAAGAUAUUACUAACGAACUGGACCUUAGUAUGAGGGUAUACUCAUGGGACGAUGGAGAACAAUAACUUGUUUUGUUUAUACAAUAAUUAACGACAUUUGACCUUCCAUUGUAAGUAGACUGAGCUGGUUACAAUCUGUAUCCGUUUAUGUUAAUGUCGUUUUGUACAAUAUGACUGAAAAAACGACCUCUAUGCAUGUUUUAUGACAUGCAAACUUUGUUAAAGUAUCUUGACCCCUGACCUGUAAUACAUAUAUACCUUGAACUAUAUAACAUGUGAUUCACGUAUCUUUUAAUUCAUGUAUAUCGACUCCUGUUUAGACCAGUAAUUAUACAAGUUGUCCUGCCCAAACAAUGCCUCUGAACUUUUGAUACGUGUACGAUCGAACUCUGGCCUCAGCAUGUAAGUGUUAACACUUUUGAUCUUGAUACAAUAUCGUGCCUUACUGUGACAGAAAGCCCGUGAUGUCUUUGACCUCUGACCCUUUGUCACUUUCAAAAUUAGUUUAGUGCUUUAAAAUUGAGUAAAAAAGUUGAUAUUCAUGUCACGCACAAAUCUCCCUUAUUUUAGGUAAAACUCCCUUAAAACAAUCAUCAUUCUUCCUUAUUAGUCUCUUGAAAGUAUGACAAGUAUGUAUACUUUAUAUGACAGGAAAGCUGACUAGCGUACAAUGUAUAAUGCAUAACCCUGACCUUUGUAUUAUAAUAACCCUGACCUUUGUAUUAUAAUAACCAUGACCUUCAACCUCUGCAAUAAACCACAUGUUCACGCUGACUUAUGCUUAAUACUGCACUUGCAAUGUUAUUCGAGGAGACUGUAAAUCAUUGGUCAGUGAACCAUGGGCACCUUACAGCAUGCAAGACUUCAUCUGGACUCUAUAGACUGACUUGAUCGAUAAAUAUUGUCAAAUGUGACCUCUGAAUACUUAUUUGACGUUGACCUCAGAUAAUGGCCACUGCCUUGGCUUUUUAGCUGACCUCUGAUCUCAGAUAGCGGCCACUGCCAGUGGCUUUUGAUACUGACCUCAGAUAGUGUCAAAAAUUGCUACAGCCUUGGCUUUUCACAUUGACAUCUGAGCAAAGAUAGUGGCUAAAGCCUUGGCUUUUUAAACUGACCUAUGACCUCAAAUGAUGGAUAUUGCCUUGGCUUUUCACAUUGACCUCUGACCUCAGAAAAUUGCUACAGCCUUGGCUUUUUACACUGACCUCUAUUCUCAGAUAAUUGCUACAGCCUUGGCCUUUCACAUUGACAUCUGAGCAAAGAUAGUGGCUAAAGUCUUGGCUUUUUAAACUGACCUUUGACCUCAAAUGAUGGAUACUGUCUUGGCUUUUCACAUUGACCUCUGACUUCAGAUGAUGGAUACUGCCUUGAAUUUUAUAUUGUACCUCUGACUUGAGAUUGUAUUAUAACUAUGUAAAAAAACCUGUACAAAAACUAUGUAUAAUUUUAACAUUGAUCUCUGAGAUAGGGGUUCACAUGAGCCAGUGAAUGAUGAUCAUUUUAUGUAUAUUUAGCAUUGACCUCUGACCUUUGUAGUGAUUACCAGAUCAUGCAGUCCACAGUAGGAUAUGGACAGAGACUUUUAUAUCAGGUACAUGUAUAUAUGUCUCUGAUAUGGAUAAACAUUUCACAUUGACCUCUGACCUGAAAUAGCAUAGAAAGUUCUUAGUUAAAUCUAUGUACACCUUCAUUGUGCCUCACAAAGAAGGGCUGAUCUUGACCUAGAGAGCUUGUUCAUCAGACAACAAAGUGAACUACCUAUAGCAUAUGUUAUCAAGUUAAUUUAUACAAUGUGCAUGUAGUUGCUCAAUUGAACAAGGAAACGGUGCACAGAUCCUGCAUCAUUGACACUAAACUUUUGUUUUUCAAAGUUUAGCUAAUGAUAUGUACAUGUAUACAAGGUUUUUCACUUUACCAUUUAAUUUGAAUAUCACUGAUUUCAUUGUCAUCUUAUUAUCUUAAAGAUGACAUCUAAAAAUAUAAAAAAAAUAUUUAGAUAUAGCUUUAAAACAUUACAGAGAAUGAAAUAACUUAGCUGUCAUUAUUUUGACUACUCAGCACUGGAAGGUCCUUAUUUUAACCAAUUUGGAGUAUAUUUAGGAAUAUACGAGCCGUUCCAGAGAAGGAGCUUUCCUAAAUAUAAUACAUGUACCCAUAAUCCAAUUCACAAAAUUAUAGUUGAGCAGAAAAACUCUUAUUUUUUCACUUAGAAAUAUUUUUGAUUUUGCUUUGAUGUUUCAUUAUGACAAAAUUUUGAAGUGUUCUUCAAUAUGUAAUUUUAAACUAAAGGCACUAAUUUAUACAUGCAUAUAUGUAACUACAUUCUAUUCAUAACUUAUAUUUUCUGAGAAUUUUGUAAAAAAAAAAAUACCAUUGUGUUAUGAAGAUGUGUGGUAAGUUGUAAGUGUUGUCAUACAGACAUGACCACACAUGUGACAAAAUCACAACUUUAUUUCUAUAUUCUCAGUACAUCUACAUGUAUGUAUCUAUACUCGUAUCUGUACAUUUGCUUUCCCAAAUGCAAUUUCUCAUGAAGAAUCAAUAUAGAAAGAUUUAGUAACUAAACAAUUUUUGUACAUAAGAUUAAAUAUUUUAACUCCAA